UAAUGGAAUGGUUCAAAUUCGAAAAUAUUUUGAUAAACAAAUCAAAUAAUGUACUAUUCAAUUAACAUAAAUUUUACUUGAUAUUUUAUCAAUGAUAUCAUCGAGAUAUCAUCUAGAUGGAUUAGUGAAAAUGGCGAAAAGGCAACUGUUGCUACUAUCAUCGUCAAACGUGCAUGGUCAUGAAUAUUUGGAAUAUGCUGCCAAGGAUAUUUGUGAAUUGUUGACUUUAAAUAAUGUAAGCACAGUAUUGUUUGUGCCAUAUGCCUUGAGCAACCAUGAGGAAUAUUUGAAAAAGGUAGAACAACCUUUCAGAAGAUGGGGAUUCCAGGUUGAAAGUAUACAUAACCAAAAUCCCCUGGAAGCUGUGAAACAGGCAGAAGCUAUCUUUAUUGGGGGUGGAAAUACUUUUCGUCUCCUGAAAACUCUUUAUGACCUAAACCUAGUGGAGGCUAUCAAUGAAAGGGUUCUCAAAAACGGGAUCCCUUAUAUUGGUUCCAGUGCUGGGACAAAUGUGGCAACAAGAAGCAUACACACCACCAAUGACAUGCCAAUUGUCUACCCUCCUAGCUUUGACAGUUUAAAUUUGGUGCCCUUCAAUAUCAACCCCCAUUAUCAGGAUCCUGAUGAUGGUUCUAAGCACAAGGGCGAAACUAGGGAGGAAAGAAUAAUGCAGUACCUGGAGGAGAAAGAUUCCAGUCAUGUUUUGGGUCUGAGAGAAGGGGCCACCCUCUCUGUGAAUGGUAAUACUGCAGUUUUGAAAGGACUGAUUGGGGCAAGAUUGUUCAUAAAGGGACAGAAACCUAGGGAAAUAGAUGUUGGUAGUGAUUUGAGUUAUUUAUUGAAAGAAUAAAUAUACAUCAAUACAUUCUAUUAAAAUUUACAAUAAAACUAUACCAUUGUAACAUGGCAAAAAUAUUGAAAUAAAGAAGCACCAUUGCCCUGGAAAUAUCACAUAUUGGGUAAAAUUUAAAAUCUACACUACAACAUCCUUAUUUCCUCAUUAUCAUCUGAAUCAAUGAUUGUAGGAUCUAAAUUUGGAUUUGAGAACAAAUCCUCUACUGGUUUUAAUUUUUCUUUUCUCAUUAUAGCUGCAUCUCCCUUCAUAUUAUUGGUCCCUUGAAUAUUUUCAAGCUGCA